CACCCCGCUCUCAUCAUGUCUAUCCGACAGGCUGGGGUAGAUACAUUUCACAAGAUAUGGGACGAUGCCGUGGAGAAGUACAAGAACGAGUCCGGAAACACAAUAGGAAAUCCAAGCAAUAUUCCUAACGACAUGGAGGGUCUCAUGAAGAAUGUGGACGAACGCCAGAAAGAUUUUACUGCCUUCAGAAAGAAGAGAAAGCAGAUCUUUGACGUUCUCGAUCCUCUGGUCAAUCUCAUCAAGCGCUUCGCGGACACGAUGGGCGAAGGAGCGGCGCUUGCACCGCAUGCAUCAGUGGCGAAACCCAUCUUCUUUGCAAUCAGCGGACUUAUUGCAGCUGCCAAAGACGUCGAGAAGAGCUAUGAUUCCAUCAUUGACUUGUUCGAGAGUCUUUCCUACAUGCUUCAACGCUACGAGAUCCAUCUUGUGCACGAACCCACGCCGGCGAUCAGGGAGAUCAUGGUACAGGCCCUUGCGCACAUGCUCACUAUACUCGGACUGGCGACCAAGCGCAUCAAGAAUGGACGAACACUGCAAUUUUUCAAGGCACUGGUAGGGAAGAACGGCGACGUACAGCAAGCUCUCGAUAAAUUAGCGCGAUUGACCAGUCAAGAGCAUCAGCUAGUCUCCGCGACGACACGCGUCGUGACCAACGACAUUCUGAGCAAGCUGUGUGAGCUCGCCGUGGAGGGAUCCGACGAUACGAGAAAUAUGUUGAUCAAUAUUAGCGAGGCUUUUACGAGGCUGCACGACGAUUCAUCUUCAUCGCGCUCCGCACUGGAGGAGAUCCGGUCCGCUGUUUGCCGCGAAGACAGCCGGCUCAGGGCUCUCGAGUACAAUCAAGAGCGAAAGGAACUGGUCGACUGGCUGUCUGCUCCGGAAGUUUCUAGGAAUCAGAACGCGGCACGCGAGAAGCGCAUGAGCGGGUCUGGUGCAUGGUUCAUUGAGUCUUCCACCUUUCUGAAUUGGAAGAAUGAGGAUGGAUCGGCUAUGUGGCUGUCGGGUGGUCCGGGCUGGGGCAAGACCGUUCUCAGCUCUACCGUGAUUGACAUGCUCGACUAUGUUGUCGCCACCAAACCUCGAGGGUCUGCUGCUCUCGCUUAUCACUACUUUGACUUCCGUGAUCCCGCAAAGCAGACUUGCGAGAGCCUGAUUCUCUCACUCAUCAGGCGGCUUCUUGAUCACUGCCCCGAUAUCCCGGAUACUCUUCGGAGCCUUCACCAACAGUGCCUCGGGCAGAGAGGCUUCUCACUUAUAGGAUUAAAGUCCACUCUUCAAGACAUGCUCGAGUCCUUUGAGAUCAGCUAUCUUGUCAUAGACGCUCUCGAUGAGUGCGCGACAGAUCAGUGGAGCAAUGUCUUCCAGUUUCUGACAGAUUUAUGUGAAUGGUCGCUGUGUUCAAACACUCAUGUGCUCCUGACGAGUCGCCCAGAGCACGAUAUCAAACAGCGUCUUGACCGUCUAAUUCCUUCUGCAUCACGGAUUCAACUUGGUACUGAGCUCGGGCCUAGCGAUGAUAUCCGUCGCUACAUUAGUUCUGCGAUACAUAAGGAGCACUCCAAUUUUCGAAGAUGGCCACCCAAUGAGCUAGCCGAGAUUGAGGACACAUUAGUCCGAGGUGCUCAUGGCAUGUUUCGCUGGGUGUACUGCCAGCUUGAAGAACUCCGUAAAUGUGUUGGUCCGGCAUCUCUCCGUCAAGCUCUCCACACUCUGCCUGAGACACUCGAUGAAACUUAUGAGCGUAUUCUGAAGAGCAUCUAUGAUUCACCAAGCCGAAAAUAUGCUCGACAAAUGUUACUCUGGCUAGCUUUUUCGGUAGAACCUUUGUCUGUUAAGCAGGUUGCAGAGACCUUAGCAUUCUCCUCUGAGGAGGACCCAUCAUUUGUUGCUGCUGAUCGCCUUCCAAACUCAGAAGAUGUGUUGGGCAUAUGCUCCACACUAAUAGUUUCACUCACAUCUGAUGGCAAGAAUACCCUUCAGUUAGCCCAUUUUUCGGUCAAGGAAUAUCUUGUUGCAGAACGCAUUAGAAGCAGUGCUGCAUCACACUUCUACCUGGAGGCUCAACUUGCUCAUGCAGCCAUUGUUCAUGCUUGCUUGGUAAACACCACCUAG